UAGACGCCAAACAACGUCCUAAAUUAGGUGAUUUUUAUAAAAUAAUAUAGGACGCUUAAUUUAACUGCAGCCCUAACUGAUAACAUUUCAUCUCACAACUUUUGUAAACAAAAAUAUCGAAACAUGUUGGAAGAUGAAAGAGUAAUCCCAAUAAGGGGUAAACCCAAGUCUGGAAGAGUAUGGAAAAAUGACAAAAAUCGGUUUUCCAGCAUGUGUCAAGUAAAACCAUUAAAAUCUUCUUGGGAGAAAAAAGUGAAAAUCCGUGAGGAGCAAAAAGCAAUGAAGUUGCAUGCAUUAAGAAUAAAAGAGGAAAAGGAAAAAGAAGAACAGUUGCGUAAACAACGUAGAAAAGCUAAAAUCGAGCGACAAAAAGAAAAUGAAAGAAAAGCUGAGAUUGUACAAGUUAUUAAAAACUCAGCUAAAAUUAAGAGAAUGUCUAAGAAGCAGUUGAGGACAAUUGAAAAAAGAGAUACAAAUCCUACAAAUACAUGAAAAUGUUGUGUAGUACUUAUAACAUGUAAAUAAAGAUUUCAAUGUGUUAUUUGUUGUAUUGCAGUAUCUACCUUGUAUUAUUCUUUUAAUAAAAACUUUAACAAAGUU